AGCUAAAGCUAAUUCAAUUGUGAUUGGACAAUUCAACCGGCAAGGGUGAAGCUUUAUAGGGUGAGAAUCUAUAGGCUUUGCAGCAAAUUAACUCACGGGCGGCUAGAAUUGAGCGGGCACUGCUUUUUGUGGGAUUUGUUUGAAAAAAUUGAAGAUUUGAUAAGAGAGAUAAAUUGGGUAGGGCCCAUUUACACAAUAUUUUAUGUUAAAUUAGGGUAUUGGGGUAGAGAAGCAGCCGCACUUGAGAGAAGGAAAAAAUCAGCCGCUGGUCAUUUUGAAUUAGAGAAGGAAAAAAAGAGUUCUUGAGAGAGGGAAGACAUAUACGCCAUUUUUGGGGGACAAUUCACGGUUAUUGCUCGUCUUCUUCAAAUCCAUUCACGCCAUGGCUUCUUCUUCAAACCAAGUCCGUUAUUCGAGGCCCAAGCAAAUCAAUCGUCCAACAGUUGAGAUCAGUACGUACAACAAUAUUAGUUACCUAUCGACAGUAGUCCAGAGACUAAACGAAAUUGGCGGUUUUGCACUGGAGAAUACGUUCAGGCAGGGGUGCUUUGGGAUGAUGUUGGAUUGGCAGCCGGGCCAGAAGUGCAAUGCUGCAUUGCACCAUAUUGUCUCUCGUCAUCUUCAGAUCACGGCCUUCAAUGAGGAUGAUGAGAUCUCCUUCUACAUCAACGAGAGGAAGGUUGAGUUUACUCCGAGAGAUUUCGCUCUCGUGACAGGAUUGUCCUUUGGGGAUGAUCCUUUUGACCCCGAGGCUGAGCACGAUCUGAGCGAGGCUCGGACAUUUAGACAAUUUUGCCGCUCUAAGCAGGUGUCAGUGCGGGACCUGGCGGAUAUAUAUUUCGACACCGCCAAUCCAGUGGUUGACCCCGACGGCGGGUUGUACCUCCGUGUGGCCCACUUGUUGGUGCUACACGCAUUUGUAUUAGGAGUGGACGUGCGACGACCCGUGCAGUCCUGGACUUGGAAGCUGGUGGAUGAUUUGACGGCCUUUUCCAGAUUUCCUUGGGGAUCGUGCGCGUAUAGGAGCUUGAACUACAGGUUGAAGCACAACACAAUCAAAAAGGAUUGUAAAAAGUAUCACUUCUACGGUCCUUCUUGGGCCUAUUCAUUUGGGGUCUUGAAAAAAUUCCCGAAUUGGGCCCAGCCAUAGCCAUAUGCAAUGCGGGGGUUUACCCUAGAUUUCGGAGGUGGACGUUCGUGAAGACCAAGUUCGAUGGGUUACAGAGUUUAUUUGAGUCUCCGGUAAUAAUUUAGUUGUUUAUUUGUUAAUAUUAUUUUAUUUUAUGAAUAUUAAUGUUUAACUACAUUUUUUUUUUGUUUCUAAGAGAACGGGAUAUGGGAGAUGAUCCCCGAUGAGUACGAGGCCACGACAUCUUACUGGCUAUCGGUGGCAGGUGUCAAUGCCGGGAUAGGGGUUCGAGUACCAGAGCCGGGAGUCUUUGGUCAUAGGCAGCCUCGGGCGCGCUACACUGGUGGGGACCACAACGAGGAUGCUCCUGAGCAUCAACCUCGGCGUCGCAGUAUGAGACAGGAUACUGGCAAGCGCCCGAGGGGACAACUAGUGGACACCUCAUCGAGCAGCAGCCAUCACGAUCAGAGCAUUGGGGGCGAUCACCCCGUUGAUUCUGGUCGAAGGUCUCACAGUCACAGAGCCCCGAGGCCUAGGCACGAGGAUGCUCCUGCACCAUCACAGUGGAGCGAGGAGGAUUGGCAGCGCAUGCAGCACAUGAUGCGCGAGAGUGAGGGACGGAUAGCGAGGAACGUGGAGGACAGCCUGUUCAGGAGGAUUAAGAAUUGGUUCGAGGACAAGUUGGAUGCUAUGCGUUGCCGAUGCUCGCAUAGCACUGAUGUUCACGUGCCCAGACCUGCUCCACGAUCUCACUCUGACAGGAGACGCGAGCCCCAGCCCGAGCCCGACUCCGAUCCAGCGCAGCCUACAUCCUCAGAGGCCCCAUCGCAUCACCGAUCCCCUGCACAUGAGUCUCCUGCACGAGAGGUGGGACAGACUACUGGUGAUGCCAUGCACACCCCGCAGUGGCAGCAUGAUCCGUUUGGUGGCCCGACUAGUUUUGGGCAUGUGCAGACUCCGCACAUGGGUGUCCACCACAUGCCCACAUUCGAGGCGUCCAGUUCUUAUGGUGGGCCACGCUACUCGUGGGCUGAGCCGGGCACGAGUUCAGCAUACCCUUUUGAGCCGGCCCGUUCUUCGGCUCCGAUCCUGACUCAAGAUGAGAUGCACGAGUAUUGGAAGCAGUUUAGAGGGGGAGUUUCUGAGGCAGUUUCUAAGGCAGUAGCUGCUGUUCCCCUCAGUAUUUGUGCACCAGAGGUUCCACGCAGAAGCCACCGAGAACGGAACCCGUCGGCUGCACUUCGAUCACCGUACGUGCACAGCGCCGUGCCGAGACCCGUCGACUCACAGUAUGUCGACGGGUUUGAGCGUAUGAUGGAAGCUGGCCGCCGUGGACACUACCAGACGGUGUCGGUGGCAGAGAGCGAACACCCUCUCCCGUAUAACUUUUGGACCACUAUGCAAAACACGAGGACCGACCUCUCGUCCAAUGCUGUUGAUAUGUACAUGAUGACGAUGAGAUCGAGGUUGAUGAGGGGUGAUGACUUGAUAGACGGUGUUGAUGCGAGGACCACUAUCAUAUUGGAUACAGAAUUAUUCAAAUAUUUCGAUGAUGAAUUCGCGGAGUUGCUAAAAGCGUGGCGCAGUAUGUUUCCCUCGAGGGCAGAAGGACGGCUUGCCAGGUCCGACGCAGUUUUUACUUCGUGGGAAUCGCAUCCCAAGAAGAUGUAUCUGGUGCAUGGGCAUGGGGUAUCUUCGACUCAUGGCUCUUGGAUGCAUGCCACAACGCUCAUUUUGCCUAUACAUGUGUGUGGACGUUACAUUACAUGCCGAGUGGAUUUGCUGAGGGGUAUUUGCGACAUCUUCGAUUCGCAGUUGUUCAAGACCCUGGCGCAGAAGCGCUACGAUGUGAUCGCCGCUCUAUAUCCGCUGCAGUGCCUGUUGGGUAGGCUGCUUGACGUGUCCAAGUGGUUCGAAAGGACAGAGAUUGUCCAAAACCCGUUGGAAAACCUUGAAUGGCGAAGGUUGAAAAUCCAAUAUGCCGAUGAGAAUGAGCAGUUUCAGCAGCCAGAUCAAUGCAGCUCCGGUGUUUAUGCGUGCAUGUAUGUGGAGCGUCUGAUAUCAGGCUCGCCGAGCCUUGCGUGGGGUAAUGGGCACGCCGCCGACUAUAGGCGCAAGAUAGGCAGUAGCAUCUAUGAGUUUUGCAUCCCCGCAUCGCAAUAGAUUAUGUAUUUCUACAUUUAAAUGAUAAUUAUGCAAAUGACGUUUUGAUUAGAGGUUGGAGUAUCUGUUUGAGUAUUUU